UCAACUGCACAGAGGACGCUCUUUAGAGCGCCACGAUGAAACUGUCAUUCAAAAACAGCUGCAGCUAACAUCUUUAAGAUAUUCAGUAGACGAAAAGCAAUUAGUUAUCAAUAUAACUAUUAAUCACAUUAGUUAUUGGCAUCGCGCAUGCGCGUUACGAUGAGAUCUGCACACACUGACACGAUCUGAUCAGAGUUUGUGUUCAUGCUCCGCGAUGACGCUUCCAGCUCUCCAGAACAGCAGUGUGUUCUUCAGGAAGAUCCUCAGUCAGUUCCCUCAGGACAUCAGCCUGGCGUUUGCUUAUGGAUCUGCUGUGUUCAGACAGACUGGAAGCUCUCAAGGUCAGAUGACGAGGAACAUGCUGGACUUUGUGUUUGCUGUGGAUGAUCCGGUCACGUGGCACACCAUGAACCUCAUAGAGAACAGGAAGCACUACUCUUUCCUCAGAUUCCUGGGGCCGAAACACAUCAGCAACAUACAGAGCGAGUACGGCGCUGGAGUUUACUUCAACACGCUGAUUCCUGCUGAUGACAGGGUGAUGAAGUACGGUGUGGUCAGCACUGAUGCUCUGAUCGAUGACUUGCUCCACUGGAAAACGCUGUACGUCGCAGGCCGCUUACACAAACCUGUUCGAAUUCUGCUCCAGAAUGAGAAUGGAAAACUGCGGGAUGCUCUUGUAGGGAACCUGAAAAGUGCCGUGAUUGCUUCUUUUCUCAUGCUGCCUGAAAGUUGUUCAGAAGAAGACCUUUUCCUCCAGAUAGCAGGACUGUCCUACUCUGGGGAUUUCAGGAUGGUGAUUGGUGAGGAUAAAUCCAAAGUCUCCAACAUCGUAAAAGACAACAUGCAGCAUUUCCGCAAGUUAUACAACAAUAUUCUUCAAGAGUGCCCGCAGGUGGUGUACAAGCCUCAACAGGGCCGGCUGGAGGUGGACAAAAGCCCUGAGGGUCAGUUCACGCAGCUCAUGGCUCUUCCACGCACCCUUCAGCAGCAGAUCACGCGUCUGGUGGACCGUCCGGGUAAGAACAGGGAUGUGGAGGAGAUCCUCCUGCAGGUGGCGCAGGACCCAGACUGCGGCUCCGUCGUACAGCAAGGAAUUUCAUCGAUAGUGAAAACCUCCAGCCUAACACAGAGUGCCAAAGGAAUCGCCACCGCUGGUCCCGUCAAAACGGUGUCGUACAGCGUAAAAAAGCUGCAGAAAAUGUGGAGAGGCUGGCGUAGAAAACCAUCCUGACUGACAAUUAUUUCUAAACGCAUUUCACAAUAACUGUGUCAAACAUUGUAAUAUUUCCACCUUGCUUUCCAUAGUUGAUAUUUAUUUACAGUCCAAGCAUGAAAGUGUGUUGUAUGUUUGACUGAAGCAGUGCAUACUAAAUGAAUGCACACUAUUCCUGAGAAAAUGUCAAUAAACGUUUCUAAAUAAA